GCAAAUCACAACUCAAGCUAGUAAUUAACAAAGUGAUUUCAAAACUGUUCCUCAAAUAAGUUGUGCGUGAAGUUAGGUGGAUUCAUAUCCGUCUCGUACCUGAUAUUUGACAAAGGAUUGUUCUUUAAAGAGCCCUGAACUCAACCGAACAGAAGAGACAAUCACUGAACAAGAAAAAUGAAGGAGUCAAACAUUUUCAGUACGAAGCUAUACCUCGGAGUUGUGUUGGUCUCAGUGACUUUACUCACCAUCGCAUAUUAUUUAAUGCCAUUUCCUUCACUGACCAUAACUAAAGGUCAAAUUUCAGAAAAUUCCCAAAAUAUGUAUUUGUCCGUCACAGAGACAAACAAGAAAAUUAAAACACAUCAAGGGACAAACUCUGUUAUCGCAUCCAAAGGCUUUUGGACAAUUAAUUCCAUAGGGCGUCUGGGCAAUCAAAUGGGGGAGUAUGCCACAUUGUACGCAUUGGCCAAAUUGAAUGGCAAACAAGGCUACAUUCCCCAGUCCAUGGCCAAUUACCUGUCUCCCAUCUUCAGAAUUAACCUUCCCACCCUCCAUGAGAGUAUGUGGAAGAGAUUACACUGGAAGAACUAUCACCUGAAUGACUGGAUGGAGGAUAGAUACCGACACAUCCCUGGAGACUAUGUUAAACUCACAGGGUAUCCCUGUUCCUGGACCUUCUACCAUCACAUCCGAGAGGAAAUCCUCCGUGAGUUCACCUUCCAUGACUAUCUAAUUGACGAGGCCAACACGUUCCUGAGAAGCAUCAGCAAAGGGCAAGAUAAAGUGACCUAUGUUGCUGUCCAUGUACGAAGAGGAGAUUAUGUGCAUACUAUGCCAAACAUUUGGAAGGGAGUUGUGGCUGAUAAAGGCUAUUUAGAAAAAGCAAUGUCUUACUUCAGGAAGAAGUACAGCAACGUGGUGUUUGUGGUGACAAGUGAAGGAAUGGAUUGGUGCAAGGACAACAUAGAUGCCUCCAAAGGAGACGUUCACUUCUCAGGAGAUGGACAGUCAGGCAGUCCAGCCAGAGACUUCUCCCUCCUCGCUCACUGCAAUCACACUAUCAUGACAAUCGGGACCUUUGGUAUCUGGGCUGCCUACCUCGCUGGCGGGGAGACUAUCUACCUCUCUAACUACACUUUACCCGAUUCACCCUUUUUAAAGCUCUUUAAAUAUGAGGCAGCUUUCUUACCCGAGUGGAUAGGGAUUCCCGCUGACCUCUCACCUGUUCUGCCCAAGAAACCUUGAGCUAAUCACCGCUUGAUCAUCUUUAGCACUUCUGAUGACAUGGUUAGACGUUGUAUUCAACACAGGGAUUUCACUCCAAACAAAAGGACAAGACAUCUUUACCAAAUGAAGACUAAAUUGAGGAAAUGUGAGCAAAUCAAGACAAAAUGGUCUGAGCGGGUUGCAGACUUGAAGCACUCCGAGACAAAGGGGAGCAAAAUUAAUCACUUAACCGUUCAAGUGAACAAUUUUAGCUUUAAUUUGUAAACUCCGUUAAAGAGGGGCAUUUAAUCUUCAGCAAAUAUUGUAGGAAAAGCUUAUAUAUGUAACACUGGUGAAAAUGCCUGAUAUCUUCGAAUCAGUGAUUUAUAAAAGCUCAGAAGGAGACCAUUUGGUCCAUCGUGUCUC